AUGGGGAACGCCGCAUCUUCCCCGCUGAAGUCCAGCAGCAGCAGCAGCAGUAGCAGCAGCAGCGAGAAGAACCAAAUCAGCAAAGGCAUCAUCAGCAGCAGAAGCGACAGCAGCAGCAGGUUGCUCCCGGCCCUGGACUGGGAGGUGAUAUCAUCAGACCCUCUAUCUCGUUCUGUUGAGCUUCGAGCUGCAAAAGAAGAUAAAGCUUGCUACCCUCUAGAUGGAAGACCGGAACACGGCCAGUUUAUUAACUCUCAGGGUUUAACGCUGCAUUACUACAUCUGGUACCCCGUCACGAGCAGCAGCAGCAACAGCAGCAACAGCACCAACAGCAGCAGCAGCAAGUGUUGCUGCGUCAAAAAGAAAAGAGAAGAUGCGCCAGCAGCAUGUCGCCUCUCAGGCACGCCCAACUUUCCCUUCACCAGCAGCAGAUCUGCGCAGCAACAGCAGCAGCAGCAGCAGGAUGAGCAAGACGUUGUAGAGGAGCUGUGCGUGCACUGCAAGCGCGAAGCAGCAAAGAACAGCAGAGGUGUUGUGCUGCUACUGCAUGGGUAUCAGUCUCACUCGCGCUUCUCUUGGCUUAGGCGUUAUUCUGCUUCUCCUUCAGUUCGUAGAGACCCUCGCAUUCACGGAUAUACACCCCACAGCGCGCUGGACAAACAAUUACUACAGCAGCAGCAGCAGCAGAAGGAGCAGCAGCAAGAGCAGCAGAAGCAUCAGGAGGAGGAGAAGGAUGUAGGAGAGCAGAAGACAUCUCAGGAACAGCCGAUAGCGGUUAGAGCAGCAGGAUCAACAGCAGCAGCAGCAGCAGGAGCAGCAGCAGGCUGCGGUUGCGUGGGGUGUCUAGGCACCCCUCAAUACCGCGGCAGUAUUGUUGAAUCCCUCAACUUGAGUGGUUUUAUUGUCUGCUGUCUAGACAUGCAAAGCCAUGGUCUAUCUGAGGGCUGGGGAGGCUGCCGCUGUGCAGUAAGGGAAUUAGAGGACUUGGCCCUCGACGCGCUGCAGAUGCUGCUCGUACUUAAGAGGAAAAUGUUGCUGCUGCGCAGCAGCAGCACCAGCAGCAGCAGCAGCAGGAGUGGCGGCGUAGAAGUACCGGCGCAGCCCACAAAGGAAGAGCAACAGCUGGCAGCAACAAACGAACAGCAAGAGCAAAACGCCAAGGAGAGCAAACAAGACGAGGAAGAUGAGAGACAAAACAAACAGAAAGAUGAACAAGACGGAGAGGAGGAUAAACAAAACGCAAAAGAAGAAGACAAGUUGUGUUUGCUGCCAAUUGAUUCUUCUUUCCCUUUCUUUAUCGUCGGUUCUUCUUUAGGGGGUUGGACGGCCGCGAGGUGUAUGGAGACCUCUCAAGAUACAGCACUCCUUCUCAAUACCUUCCCAGAACUUGCUGCUGCUGUUGCUGCUGCUGCUUCAGGACAGCCUGCUGUUGCUGCUGCUGCAGCAGCGGAAAGCGCAGCAGCAGGAGCAACAGGAGGAGGAGCAACAGGAGGAGCAGCGGAAGGAACACAGGUGUGUGCUGCUUCGGAUGCUUGUCGUUUGAUUAGAGAGUAUUUUUUUCUUCGGGGAGCGGUGUUGUUGUCUCCUAUGUUUGAUGUUGAGGAAGCAAAGCGCAACGUAAGGUGGACGUACACCAGACCGCUGGUGCAGCAGCUGGCGCGUUGGCUACCGCACAUGCAAAUCACUCGAAAUAAAUUAGAAACGAAAUUCGAAACAGAAACAGAACAUAGAAGAAGAGAUCCGCUGUACAUACACCACGGCACUCGCGCUAACACGGCGCUCCAGCUUCUGGGGAAGGCAGAGCUGCCUAUACACCCCGAGGAGACAGCCAAAAUAAACGAAAAGUGCUGCAAAUCCCUCCUUGUCGUUCAUAAUGCUCUAGAUGAACAGUGCGGAAUUAGAGGCGCUUUGUCUUUCUAUAAGGGACUCAGCGGAGUAAUAGACAAAACUCUAAUUGCUGUAAAUGCAGUUCCUCCCUCAAGCAGCAACGCACAAGCAGAACCAGCAGCAGGAGCAUCAGCAGCAGCAGCAGCAGCAGCAGAGGCGGACAUGGCGAGAAGUGAGGAGGAGUUCAGACAAAAAGUGCCGCUGGAGCUGCAGCAAGAACUGCAGCAGCAGCACGCCGACUUGUCGCUCAAUGGGCUGGACGUACACCACAGCUUCGCAAGCGAAACAGACGGAGACCUCAUUUUAGCCAAAGUUGUUCAGUGGAUAGACGCUCGCGCACCCUAA